UAUAUAUCAAAAAAAUCUUAUCACAUCUUAUCACAUAUUUAUUGUAUGAUUAGUCGUAAUAACAAGAAUGAUGUUGUAAGCUUAGCGGUAAGACAAGAAGUUACGAACCAUUUCAAGGCCAUUGAGAAUUCUAAACACAUUAACAUUGGCCGCCCGAGAGUGUCGCUUCUAUAGUAUUCUAUGGUUUGAUGGGUCAUGAUUAUGUUGAAGGAACUGAAUGUGCAGACUCUUGGCCAGAAGAACAAGAGGAUAAUAUUGAACGUUUAGUUGCUGGAGAUCAAGGGAUAUUUGAUGCUGAACCUUCAGUGUUAACUUUGAGGCAAACUACUGAUAUAGAUCCAGUUACAAUAAAUGAGAACAUAAAUGAUCUGGAUGAAUUGUUAGCUACAGUUGAUGACAACUAUGUAGUAUUACAACCUUAUUGUGAAGAUGAGUUUACAUCAAAACAUCUUUUACAAGAAACUUCAAUUUCAGCUUCCAUAGGACCAUCCCAAUCUACUCCAAAAAGUAAUUUACUAGCAACUCCAAUUUCAGCUUCAAUAGGAGCAUCUCAAUCAAUUCAAAAAAAGCAAAUGUUGACAAAUAAUGCAAAGCAAGUGAAAUUAGGUAAUCAACUGCAGACUGCCAGAGAUGCGUUCUCAUUGAUUGCUGAAAAACAAGUUGAAGCAAAUUUUAAAAUAGCUGAUGCACUUACAACUAUUGCUACAGCAUUGGAGAAGUUAGCGGAAGAUAACGAUAAAAAAAGAUUGGAAAACGAAAAACUUAUAAUAGAAAUCUAUACUAAAGUUAUAGAUAAACUAUAA